AUGUGUUAUUUUGUCGAGCAAGGUACGGGUGGCAGCUACCCCAAUAACAAGGAAAAAGGAUAUGUUUUCCAUGCUACCUAUUAUAAAGGCAACUUAGGCACCAAUCACUUCGACAGUGCAGUAAAUCUCGCUAAAUAUAUCACUACUGGACCGGACGGUUUGCGCCGUUUUGUUAAGGACGGUUCAAACGAUUAUCUCAGAACAUGCCAGCAAACUCUUUUGAUUGGUGGACUCAUGGGUACGCUAGCACCGACAAAUGCAUAUGAAUGA